AUGACGUUGUACACCGUCACCAUUCACCCAGUACGAUUGUUCGCCCCCUUUUGUCGGCAAGGGUGUAUCUAUGUCAUGCUUAUUUCGCGAAAGGGAGUGGAAAUCACGUCUAAUCCUUCCGUAUGCUCCACGGUCGGCGAGGUGGAAUUCAGUAAGGCUGAGGAAAUAAACUCUGCGCGUAGCUUUCAAGUUUCCUUUGAUUCCCCAAAAGACCGUCGCAUGAUUGACUUUUCCGUGUACGACAUCACCAACCGCAGACAUACCUCAAAACUAACGGGAUUUGAGAUACCGCUGGCAGGUAUGUGCAGCAUCCUUGCGGGGGAAUCCAUGUGCGAGAAGAAGAGUAUCUCGUUUAGGAUUGAUGGCAAACCGGGGCGUCUGGAGGUCGUAUUUCGCAUGCACCCCGCCUCCGCCCCACCGCCGCCACUGAAGACGGCUUCAGCAGGAGGUGCGAACGAUUCGGCAGCGGCGAGUGGAAAAGGUGGUGAGACACAAUCGUCUAAGCCAUCGGGACGGCUUCCGGUCCGCGCGGUGGAGGCCCUCACAAAGGCUGGCAUCUUCCCCAGCGAAACGGAGGUGGUGGAGAUGGACAAUGAUCUGGCGCAGGAGAUCGCCGCCCGCACCGCCCUGCUCUUUCCAGAGGAAAGAGACCUGCAGGAAAAGGUCCGAACGCUGGAGCGGGAGAUUGCGCAGCUGGAGUAUGACACCCAGUACGCGGCGAAGGACAAAGUGAUCUCCGGCUCAGCCGCCCUCACCGCCCUCCGCGACGAGUUAAAGCACUGGCAGAACAUUUCAGAUGAAAUUGACGCAAAGUCUGCCCACGAGGCCGGCAUUGCCCCCAUUCUCCCCGCCGUUCGUACGGCCCCUACAAUUCAAACCAAAGCCCUUAUUGCCGAGGUGGAGGACCAGUUGGCCGCGGCACAGGCCAAGAUGCGUAAGUUGGAGGCACUUCAAAUUCAUCGCGAUGUCUCGAAUGACGUCAUUCCGCUCCUGGACGAAAUUGAGAACCUGGAAGCCGUGCUGAUAGAUCUGAAGAAAAACACGGAGGAGGGAGGUCUAGAAAAAAAGCAAGACAGCGGAACCGAGAAAUACGUAGACCAGUGGGAGCAGCUUGCCGGAAUGCUUUACGAUAAGGAGUCUGUGGUGGAGCAGCUUAAGCACACCGUGCUAGCACUAAACCGGCUGCAAUUUGAGCCAUAUCCCGCCGGUAUCGAGGCAGGAUUUGCAGAAGAGGCACCGAAGGAGCUACCAUUUAUCCGUGACAAUAAACGCCGCAUGGUGGCUGAACAAAGUCUGGAUGCGGCACUAUUCGGAAAAGAUAGCCCUCCAAGGAAAACGCCGCAGUUGCCUGCUGCUAACAGUGGCAGACAUGUAGAUUUGUUAGAUGACCUUUUCGGCGGCCCACCGCCACCUCAGUCACCCACCGCACAACCGUCGGAACAGGCAGCAUUGAAAACGACUGGCGCUGAACUACUUUCCGUGCAGCCGUCUCAGGACCCUGUGGAGACAUACCACCCACCCGUGGCGGCAACGGUGGUCCCUGUAUGGGCACAACCUCCACAACCACCGUCAGAGCAGCAGCAGCAACAAGAACAGCGAGAACAGCAAUCAGCGCCGGAGCCCCUGACCUUGGAAUCAGCAGCGGCAAGCAAUGUGAUGAACACGGAGAAGGUUCCAGGCUUCGAAAACAAGCAGUCGGCCCCAUCAUCACCUUCAGCUACAGGAUCAACGAAACAAAUUGUGCAAACAGGUGGACCACAAAACGGGGGCACAUCUGCAUCAGCUGAUAUUUCGGCGACACCGGCAGCCACGGUGUCAGGCGAGCAAUGGCCGAUCCCUCAGCGUUCUGGAGAAGGCGACCUGCCAGCACUUGCUGCAUCGCCACUCAAAUCCCAGCCACAACAAACCGCAUCAGAGCCAUACUCACCGGUUCAGCAAGCACAGGGACAGAGUGCACAACAAAGUCUUCAGAAUUAUGCUUCUCAGCAGGCACAGGGACAGAGUGCACAACAAAGUCUUCAGAAUUAUGCUUCUCAGCAGGCACAGGGACAGAGUGCACAACAAAGUCCUCAGAACUAUGCUUCACUGCAAGCACAGGGACAGAGUGCACAACAACAUCCUCAGAAUUAUACUUCACUGCAGGCACAGGGACAGAGUGCACAACAAAGUCCUCAGAACUAUACUUCACUGCAGGCACAGGGACAGAGUGCACAACAAAGUCCUCAGAAUUAUGCUUCUCAGCAGGCACAGGGACAGAGUGCACAACAAAGUCCUCAGAACUGUGCUUCACUGCAAGCACAGGGACAGAGUGCACAACAACAUCCUCAGAAUUAUGCUUCUCUGCAAGUUGGGCAGCCUCAACAGCAGGUGGCUCCAUCAGAAGCCCCUGUUCCUCCUUUUGUGCGUCGUCCGGCUACAUUAGAAGAAAUUCCCUACACUAAUUUUUACAAUAUUCCUUUGAUGGGUCGCGCGUGUCCUUUGGAUAUAUACUUGGAUGGGAAAACUCCCACGCGCGGUACGGAGUUAAGUAUAUUGAACAACUCCGAUUACGAUUUUAUUAUUGGCGGUGUGGAACUCAAACAAGAGGACAUGCUCUCACCAUCUCCUGACAGCACGCGCACGGUGCCUACACGUCGAUGGCCGCAGCAGUUGUGCGUUCCGGGUGGUGGAAGUCGCGCCACUUGUAUAAUUGCAUUGCAUCCAAGCUUUCCACGGGCUUCUUCUCUCCUUAUGUUAGUAGUAGUUUACAUAUUUUCUAAUGGCCGUUACACCCCAUACGCAGCUCGGUUUGCUGUUUAG